UGGGAUACGUUUGCAUCAUCAAGAAACGAACCAGGCCAGGGAGAGCAAGGACAGCGGGGGAGGGGCGAAGGAGUCUCAGGAAGGGGCGCUGAGCCCCGCAACUGCCUCACUUCUUUGUCCUGAGCCAGUUACAUUUCUUCUCCCAGAGCCGAUGCUCAGUCUCACCACUCCUUUGUCCCUGGGUUCCCACGGGCAUAGAUGUUCUUCUCUCCUCCCCUGUUCCUUCCUGGUCACGGUAUGCCCUCCCCGCCAACUUCGAGUCCUCCUCCCCUCCCAGCCCCGCCUCCUCUCCGUAGCACUGGCCUCCCCAGUCUUCGCUUGGCUGCUCCUCCCCUGCCUCCGCCUUAAAACCCCCAUGCCUGCUGCCAGGAGCCGGCAGUCCCCAGGUGGCAUCCGGCAGGGGUAUACUGCUCAGCGUGAACCUGCGCCAGUCAGAGGGGACGAGGCUCUCUCCAGCCUGAAGGUGGGUUGGAGGGAAGGUUCUAUGUAGCUGGUCAGACGGGCAGUGAUUGGGGCGUGACUGCAGGGUGGCAGAAGAAGCAGCCACUGGGCGACUGAUGGGCGACGGGCAUCUCGAGGGGAUACCAGCCACUCAGCUGAGCAGGUCUGUGAGAUUUUGUAUUUGUCGGGGGUCAGAGACACACUUGUGAGGGGCACGGAGCGAGGAGGUGCCUUGUAAGAAAGAGGUCUACAAAUGUGAGAACUGUCCUGGCCUGAGGACACUGUCCAUUCCUGGCUGGAGCAAGACCCCUACUUGGCAGCAUCUGACGACUCACUCCUCAGUUUACCGGACUACCAAGAGUUGAGAAGACCUAACCGAAGGGGCAGAUGGCUUCAGCUGGCCUAGAACUCCUGGGCAUGACCCUGGCCGUGUUGGGCUGGCUGGGGACCCUGGUGUCCUGCACCCUGCCCCUGUGGAAGGUGACCGCCUUCAUCGGCAACAGCAUCGUGGUGGCCCAGGUGGUGUGGGAGGGACUGUGGAUGUCCUGCGUGGUGCAGAGCACGGGCCAGAUGCAGUGCAAGGUGUACGACUCCAUUCUGGCGCUGCCCCAGGACCUGCAGGCUGCCCGAGCCCUCUGUGUGGUUGCCCUCCUGCUGGCCCUGCUUGGCCUGCUGGUGGCCAUUACGGGCGCCCAGUGCACCACCUGUGUGGAGGACGAAGGUGCCAAAGCCCGCAUCGUACUCACCGGGGGGGUCAUCCUCCUCCUCUCAGGCAUUCUGGUUCUCAUCCCCAUCUGCUGGACAGCCCACGCUAUCAUCCAGGACUUCUACAACCCCCUGGUGGCUGAGGCCCUCAAACGGGAGCUGGGGGCCUCCCUUUACCUGGGCUGGGCAGCAGCUGCCCUGCUCAUGCUGGGUGGGGGCCUCCUCUGCUGCACAUGCCCUCCACCCCAGAUCGACCGGCCCCGAGGACCCAGGCUGGGCUACUCCAUCCCCUCCCGCUCAGGCACCUCUGGGAUGGACAAGAGGGACUACGUGUGAGGUGAAAGAAGUCUCCGGAAACCCGCUGCUCUGAGCCUGGACUUUCUGCUGGAUGCUUUCUCUAACCCCUGCCUUCUACCACCAACCCCUUCCCCACGUGACACCCACUUUCCAGGAGCUCCAGCCAGCUUGGCUUCUGGGCUAGUCUCACAUGGCCUGGUUGAGCCCAUGCCCUCCUCAGUGGGGUCUGACCUCCUGGCCUGCCUCUCAAAACCAGUUGCUUUUUUUCCUGCUGCCCAGGUCCUGGGUUGGGCCUCCUCCCCUGCCCCUGGAACCCGGGCCUCAUCCGAAGGACAGUAGCUCCUUGGCUCAAACAAGCAGAGGAUCAUGCUCUGCUUGCUCUGGAGCUGGUCUGCUCCAGCUUGGCCAGCACAUACCUGCAUUCAGAGACCCAGGCCGGACCAGAAGGUCCACCCUACUCCCCUGCCCCAAAUGGAGUUCCCAGAAUAAAGAUUAUUUGUACCUC